AUGAAUAAUUAAAAGCUCAUCAACAACACAUAUAUAACGAAAAAGAGAAUUUCUUCUGGUUCUUUUGGUGUCGUAUAUAUGGGAUAAGAUAUCAAUACUCGGAAUUUUGUCGCAAUUAAGGUUGAUAAGGAAAACAAGGAAGAGUCUAGUCUUCAAAGAGAAGCAGAGAUUCUGAGAAAACUGCAGCAUUUAAAACACAUUCCAAAACUUUAUUGGUCAGGAAGGGAAGUUGAUUCAACAUACUUAGUGAUUCAAUAUUUGGGAAGAGAUUUGACCCAUUACAUUAAAAAUUAUCGAAAAUUUUCAUUAAAAUGCGUACUCAAUAUUGCAGAACAAAUGAUAAUAAUCUUAGAAAGUUUGCACAAACAUAACGUAAUUCAUAGGGAUAUAAAGCCAGAAAAUAUAUUGGUUGGCAAAGAAGAUGAAGAAAAUCAACUGUUUAUUGUAGACUUUGGGAUUAGUAAGUUUUACAAAGAUGAAAAUGAAUCACAUAUAUCUCUAAGAGAUAAACAACCAUUUAUAGGGACCACUCGAUAUGCAAGUAUCAAUGCUCACAAAGGAUUAUCCUUAAGUAGGAGAGAUGAUAUGGAAUCCUUAUGUUACAUGUUGAUCUACCUAUUAAAAGGUUAGCUUCCAUGGUAAAAUCUUCAGUUUACUUCAGAAGAGGAUAAAAUAAAUUAAGUUGGCCAAUUAAAAAUGAAAAUGGACACUAAUGAAUUGUGCUAAGGAUUACCUAUUGAAUUUGCUAGAUACUUGGAUUAUGUUAAAGGAUUGCCAUUUAAGUCAGAACCAAAUUAUAAAUAUUGUUUAUCAUUGUUCAGAAAAAUAUCAAAUGAGCAUAAUUACCUAUCAAAAGAACUCAUUUUUGAUUGGAUAAUAUCCCAGAAAACUGAUAGAGAAGGAUAAUCAUCAAGCAGUAAUCUCCUUAAUAGCAAACCCUCUUUGUUUAAGAAAUCCAAAGAAGAUCUUUCUUCCUGCAACAAUCUUUUAGGUUCUCAAUUAAAUCAAUCUAUGGAGUAAGAUAUGAACUCCUUACUCAAAAUGCCUGAUAAAAAGAGAUCGACUCUCACACCUGAAAUCAAUCGCAAAAAAAACAGAUUACAAUCUAUCAGCAGUAAUAAUGAUACAGUUUCUGACAAUGAUUUCAAUAACAGUGUUUUGAUUGGAAUACAACCUAGUAUCUUAAGUAGACUAAGUAGAAUAUCUUAUAAUUCAAACUCAAAGUUUUAGAAUAGUAAGUCCAAUCAUUCAUGCACUCCAAACACUAAUCAACUUGACCAUCUCAUCUCUAUUUCUCCCGAUUCUAAUUUGGAGAAUCUGUUAAAUGAAUAGAAAAAAAGAUCAAAUCUUAGUCAAUCCUUCAAUCCAAUGCCUAAAGAUGAUGAUACUACUAUUGAAUUCUAGAAGAUGAAUGAAGGAGACGAAGGAAUAGAGAGGAAAUACGUAGAGCUUAAACUUCGCUUUGUUAGAGCUCGCUUUAAACCUGGACUCAACAAUAACCUAAAAUAAUGA